AUGGCUGGCAAGUUGUGGUUCCAGGAAGCUCGUCGGCGACUACUGGGAAGGACCAACACAGGCUCGGAUGGAGUAGAACGCCCCAUCCCAGCAGCGAAAGACGUCGCAACUACAGCUCCCGCGCCGCAGGACACGAACCAUCCACCAAACCGAGACGCAACCCGCGAAGAACUCGAGUCCACGACUGACGAGCAGCUCUCGUCCCUCUUCUUCACGCGACUGCCCCCCGAGCUGCGAUGCAUGAUCUACGCCCAGGUCUGGUCUGACGCCGCCGGCAACGGCCGCAUGCACCUCGACUCGGGCGGUAGCGCAGACGCUCCCCUACGGCAUGUACCUUGCAUCGUAGGCCACGUACAGCUCGGGGGCGUCAACGCGACUGGUGCGCAGCACCCCGAGCAGGGGAUGCUGUGGUGGACACAAAACCAGCUGCUCGCGGUGCACUGGGCCGCGCACGCAGAAUGCGCCAUGGCGAGCCGUCUGAGGCCAAUACGCGAUACUAUUGCGCUUGAUCCCCAGCUUGAGGAAGAGCAGCCGGGGCAAGGGUCGUUCAUGCCCUUGUUUCUGACCUGCAAGCGAGUAUACUCCGAGUCUAUCACGACGCUCUUCGAGACCACCACCCUCAUCUUCCAGUCGUCGCUCGACGCAACGAAAUUCUUCACGCCCCCGCAAGACCGCCUUCCAAACCGCUACUUCCCAACCCUCCGAUCGAUCGAGAUUAACCUUGCUUACGAGUACGACCACGUAUAUCUGCACAGCAUUGCGAACCCGGAGGGGCAUCCCAGACUCCCAGGUGCUGAUGGUGUGAUGGUUGGAAUGGCCGCGUGGGACCGACUUGUCAGGACUCUUGCGGCGGCCGCCCCGGAGCUGGGUGGUUUGGAAGUGUUUGUUGGCGGCAUGCCGCCGACGGGAAAACUUGCAUUCGCGGACACGUUUGACUCUGUGGGGUGGAAACCGGACAGGUUGAGCUUGCAGUUCCCGACAGAUUUACAGCGUUGA